CCAUUACGGCGACCUCGCCUUGCAAUUCCCAAAAACCCCCUCCAACCAUUCUGCUACUGCGAUCCAACAUUGUAAUUCCGGUAAAAACAGAGGGCUUUUCAAGGAAACCCAAUUCCAGGGAGAAUGCGAAAUUAAUUACAAACGAAUUUCUGAUUCUUUGUCCCAAAAACAUUUCAUUUCAAUCCAUUUUUUCCCCCAUAAAAAUCAAAACAAUUUUCAAGAAAAGUACUUCACUGCGUUACCGUUCUCGCAUAAGAAACAUCGCCAAUAUAUCCCAAAUUCCCAACCCCUUCUAGAGAGAGAAAGUAGAGAGAUAGCCUCAUAACAGUCGCGGAAUCUCCCUGUAUAUACAAGGGAGAUAGAGAGAGAUAGAGAGAGAGAGAAAGAGAAAGAAUUCUCAGAGUAGAAAGAUUUUCGGUUGUGAUAUUGUGGCGUGAGGGGGCGUAUCGAAUCGAUCCGCCGGCCAUUGUAGCUUACAAAACUUGAUAUCUUCCUUGAGAAGAACUUGGGGAGAUUGCAAAUUGGGUGUUUAGGGAAUACAUUGGUUUAGAAUCUGGGAGGUUCUAUAGUUGAUAAAGAUUGUAUUGGUGACUGGGUUGUGGGGUAUUGUUCACCAUUUUGGGGACUGAUUUAUUGUGUGUGUUAGUUUCUUGCUUGGUGGAGCAGAUGAAUGUAGUGGGAAAAGUUGGGAGCAUUAUAACUGCAGGUGUGUACUCUGUUGCCACCCCAUUUCAUCCUUUUGGUGGGGCUGUUGACAUUAUUGCUGUCAAACAGCAGGAUGGGAGUUUCAGGAGCACGCCUUGGUAUGUUCGGUUUGGGAAAUUUCAAGGUGUUCUUAAAGGGGCAGAGAAGGAGGUUAGGAUAGAAGUUAAUGGUGUUGAGGCUGAUUUUCACAUGUAUCUGGACCAUUCUGGGGAAGCCUAUUUUAUCAGGGAAGUUGACAGUGAUAAGGAGAAUGAGGGAAAUGAAUGCUUGAAGGAUACCGAUAGUUUUGACGGUUCUCGAGAGGGCAGUAGUAUUGAUAAUGCUAAUGGCGGGGAAAGUAGUCCGGGGGUGCAUUCUAAAUCCGAGCCUAAUGAUGACGAGUCAGAGAUGCAAGAUGAGCGUCUUGCUUUUGGUGUAGAUCGAUUUGAAAGGACAGAGUCUGGCAGGAGAUUUUAUGAGUUUGAUGAUGUGGAUUCUUCUCUUGAAGGUUCGAUUGACUUAUCAGGGUAUGAAUCCAGUCUCUAUGAAAAUUUAGAAACUGUGGAGCAAGUGUUAGAAUCUCAAAAUUCUGGCUCAGAAGUUGUUUUAGUGAGCGUGGAUGGCCACAUAUUGACAGCACCAAUCUCGUCGUCUGAAAGGAAUACAGAGAAUGUAGAGUUGGCUACACCUCAGUUUCAUCUUGGCCCAGGUGAAGAAACUGACUUUUGUGAAACUAAUACAGAUAUUAACACUGAAAAAGUUAAAUGGGGUACUGAUAAUUUGAGCAGUACGGGAAUAUCUUCACAGAGAGUUGCUUCCACAGAUGCUAGCAGCUCAAACAGUGAGCACGGUCCUGCAGAGCACUUGUUAGAAGUUAGCAAAGGAGAUGGAGAACAUCUCUCCCAAGUGCAAGAAACAUCGUAUGUAGAGACUCAGGAUCAAGACCUUCUUAGGAAUGAGAGUGGGGAGAGCACACCAUCAGGCAUCAGGAAAGGCGAUAUCUUCGCAAGCUGUUUGACACUACCAGAACUGGCCUUGCAGGUUGAAAAUGAGUCCAAGCUAUCAGACAUAGCUUCUUCAUUGGACAUACAGGAAAGUGCUAAAGGUUCAGAGGAAGCGUCUCCAAGGAGCCCUUUAGCAAUCAAUGAAACUGAAAAUGGAUCAUCUGAAAAAUUUGAGAAUGAUAAUGGGCUACCUUCUAGUCGUGAUAUUUCCAGCAGUUCUCCUUUGUCUGUGCAGGUUGAAGUCAAAGCCCUUGAGGGCGGUACAUUAGAUAAUAGUGAUUCUGACAGGGCACAUGUACGUUUUGUUUUUAACGAUGAAGACUCAGAGAAACAGAUUGAAGGAACACCAGAUGCAAAAGAAUUAGAAAGUAGCCAGCAAAGAUCAGAUGAGUGCACUCAGUGUAAAAAUACGGAGCAAGAGACAACAGCUUCUGCUGAAGAUAUGAACAUUGGUACAAGCACAAGAUUAGAGAUUGCUCUCUGUGGGCACCUUCUUCAUCCUGGAAUGGGUUCGUGUGCUGCUGCAGAAGUCUUUAAUGCAACUCGCAUAUCUGAGAUGGAAUUUAAAAAUUCUGCAAAAUCAAUAAUCAAGAAUGAAAAUUUGGUUGCUAGAAUUCAGGGGAAAUACUUGUCAUGGGAAAAAGCUGCUUCAAUCGUACUCGGGUUGGCUGCUUAUGACUUGGAAUUACCUAUUGAAUACACUGAUGUUAUUCCUGUUGAGCAUGGGGGAACUCCAAGGGUAGAUGAUUCUGGGCUUGAGAGGUCUGCUUCUGGACGGCGAUGGAGGCUCUGGCCAAUUCCAUUUAGAAGGGUUAAGACACUCGAGCAUACUAGCAGUAAUGUGUCAGCUGAGGAUGUUUUUCUUGAUACUGAAAGUAGCUUGCAUAACCAGGGUGCAGAUCCAAGUCCGACAGCACGAGGAGGCAAACUAUCUCCUCGCAAACAACUUGUGAGAACUAAUGUUCCAACCUCUGAACAAAUUGACUCUUUAAACCUAAAGGAUGGGCAAAAUAUGGUGGUCUUCAUUUUCUCUACCAGGGUUCUAGGAGUACAGAAGGUUGAAGCUCAUAUAUACUUGUGGAAGUGGAAUGCAAGAAUUGUGAUUUCUGAUGUUGAUGGUACCAUUACCAAGUCUGAUGUUCUUGGGCAGUUCAUGCCUUUGGUCGGGAAGGAUUGGACGCAUUCUGGAAUUGCUAGACUUUUCUCAGCAAUUAAGGAAAAUGGGUAUCAGCUACUUUUUCUUAGUGCACGUGCAAUUGUCCAAGCAUAUCUGACCAAAAGUUUCCUGUUCAAUUUAAAACAGGAUGGGAAAACCUUGCCCAUUGGGCCAGUUGUUAUUUCACCCGAUGGUCUAUUUCCGUCAUUGUACAGAGAAGUGAUAAGAAGAGCUCCUCAUGAAUUCAAGAUUGCCUGUUUAGAGGAUAUCAAAGCUCUUUUCCCUCCAGAUUACAACCCGUUUUAUGCAGGUUUUGGAAAUAGAGACACCGAUGAACUUAGCUAUAGAAAAAUUGGAAUUCCGAAGGGCAAGAUCUUCAUAAUUAACCCAAAGGGUGAGGUAGCUAUUAGUCAUCACCGAAUUGACGUCAAAUCAUACACUUCGUUACAUACUUUGGUAAACGACAUGUUUCCCCCAACAUCAAUGGUUGAACAGGAAGAUUACAACUCGUGGAACUACUGGAAAAUGCCACUGCCCGAUCUCGGUAGCUUGUAGAGAUUUGGUUGGUCUAGGAAGAAGGUAUUUGAAGUUUUGACAGAGAUAUCUCCAGGACUGACAGACAUUCUUCAGCAGUGCAGGAUGCCCACCAUUAUUGAUGCACUUCUAGUCUAGUAUAUAGUGCCCAGUUUUGUGACCACAAAGGGUAUUCAUAUUGUCUCCCAAAAACAGGCUUAUGUUGUUCCUUCUAUGAAUACAAGUCAUCAAUAACUCAAAUAAUGCAAUGUCUACAACUUUAUAUGUAGUCAUGUGUUUCAACAACUAUAGCCAGUAGCCUGUACAUUUAGUAAUAACUUGCUGUUACUCACGCUUAUUAUUUGAUUUACGGGAAAGCCCAUACCGUUUGAAGUA